UCCGUCCCGUGGCGGUAUCUCUUAGCCACCGUUCCCGGUCCCUCAGGCGGCCACCCCCGUGUGUACGCGCCCAGGCGCAGCUUGUGCCCCGCGCUCCCUCCCUCUGCCUUUUACUGCCCAGCUGCCAAGAUCUUGAAAGCUUUGAAGCUCAGCAAAGAAGGGAAAUCCAUUGAGAGCAGUCUGUAAAGUGUCCAGCAAUAUUCAGCUAUCACUUGAACUCUGCGUGCCGCCUGCCAGAACCUGGGAGUCUUCCAUUGGGUGAGUGGUUCUGGCUCCAAUUGGCAUUGUUUAUUUGGUUGGUGAGGACAGAUGGACAGAGUUGUUGCUGAUUUCAACUGUGAAGAAAUGUCAUUCAGAUUCGGCCAACAUCUCGUCAAGCCCUCUGUGGUCUUCCUCAAAACUGAGCUGUCCUAUGCGCUCGUGAACAGGAAGCCCGUGGUACCAGGACAUGUCCUCGUGUGUCCCCUUCGGCCAGUGGAGCGCUUCCGAGAUCUGCGUCCUGACGAAGUGGCCGAUUUGUUUCAGGCCACCCAGAGGGUCGGGACAGUGGUGGAGAAGCAUUUCCAGGGGACUUCUCUCACCUUGUCCAUGCAGGAUGGCCCCGAAGCCGGACAGACUGUGAAGCACGUUCACAUCCACGUUCUUCCAAGGAAGGCUGGAGACUUUCAGAGGAAUGACAGCAUCUAUGAUGAGCUCCAGAAGCACGACAAGGGGGAGGAGGACCGCCCGGCCCUGUGGAGGUCGGAGGAGGACAUGGCAGCGGAAGCCACCACGCUCCGGGCCUACUUUCAGUGAUGCAGGCAUCCAUGGAACUCAGACAAAUCCCAAGGCAUAAGGAAAUGGGCCUCAUGUUCCAGGACUCUGUGGCACUGGAAAUGAAGCUAAGCAGACUUUAUUACAUCCCCCAAUACUGCAACCUUUUGCAAAGUAUUUUAUCACCCUCGCGGAAGCCAGCGGAGUUAUGUUUCAAUCACGAUGACUGACAGGCUAACUUUAAAACAACGGCAUCAACAGCCCUCCCACACUUCCUUGGCUAGGUACUUACAAUAGAACCUUUUUCUAAACUGUCUCUUGGCCCAAAUGGAAAUAAAAUGAUAGUUAAAGUAUU